ACCCCUUUUUGAUAUAAGCAAAUUUGAUUGGCUAUGUCGGUUGUCAAUCACCGGAGUCUUUCCGUGUCCGGUAGUGGUUGCAAAACAGUCAGAGGUGUGUGGAGUAGAAAGGACGCACAGACGCUGAGAAGGAGCUAAUCUCAACACGAUGAUGUUGGCAGAAGUGCUCCAGGUGUUGAGGGGGGCCAGCAAGGUGGGAGCUGCCUUCACCAGCCUUCAGGGCGAACAGCUUAGACUGAUGGCCUGUAACUCGACCUUUGGUGCAGGGGUCAAAGCUGUGACGGAGGCGGUCGAGAGUGUGAUGGGCACUGGAGGCAUGACUCCCAAAACUGAUGAGUUCCCUAACAUUGAGAAGUGGGAGGAGAUGGAUCCGGAUGAAGCAGAAAAGUGGGCAGUCGGCUCUGAAAUGCCCCCAGACGUUUCCAGCAAAGAUGGAUGGGAUGAAAUGUCAGAGACGCCUGUUGGUGCUCCUACUGGCACGGUCAAAGGAACUGGCUGGCCUGGUCAAAACACUCGGUUUUUGCAUGUAUCAGCGUCUCAUCGUCAUCAUACUAGGUUUGUCCACGACUCUAUUGUGGCCAGGUUGAGCCCUGAAGACAUUAAAAAGGCACGGGAGGCAAAGCAGAAUAUCGCCAGGCCAGUACGACAAAAGCUUAGUGAGCGAGCCAGAGAACGGAAGGUUCCUGCGACGCGGAUGAGUCGACUUGCUAAUUUUGGGGGCUUAGCUGUUGGUCUUGGCAUUGGAGCCAUUGCCGAGGUGGCAAAACAGUCUUUUGGAGGAAAACGCACAGAGAUGGGGGCUCUUUUAGACUCUCCCUUCCUGUCAGAGGCCAAUGCAGAGAGAAUAGUGAACACACUGUGCAAGGUUAGAGGAGCGGCCCUCAAGAUUGGGCAGAUGCUAAGCAUUCAAGAUAACAGCUUCAUUAGCCCGCAACUGCAGAAAAUAUUUGAGAGGGUUCGACAGAGUGCUGAUUUCAUGCCAGCCUGGCAAAUGCAUAAAGUGCUUGAGGAAGACUUAGGGGCUGGAUGGAAGGAGAAACUCUCAUCAUUUGAGGAAAAACCCUUUGCUGCUGCUUCCAUUGGUCAAGUGCAUCAUGGAGUUUUGCUUAAUGGGAGGGAAAUUGCUAUGAAGAUACAGUACCCUGGUGUCGCUGAGAGCAUUCAUAGUGACAUCAACAAUCUUAUGUCUGUUCUGAAGAUGAGUGUUAUGCUGCCUGAUGGUUUGUUUGCUGACAGUAGUCUGGAGGUUCUUCAGAGGGAGCUGGCAUGGGAGUGUGACUACAAGAGAGAGGCAGAGUGUGCAAAGAGAUUCAGGAAUUUGCUUAAAGGAGAUCCAGUAUUCGUGGUCCCCGAGGUCUUCGAUGAGCUGUCGGGCCGUCGUGUGCUCACCAUGGAACUAGUUAAUGGAGUUCCACUGGACCGCUGUGUUGAUUUGAGUCAGGAGACUAGAAAUGAGAUCUGUUUUAACAUCCUGCAGUUGUGUUUGAGAGAGUUGUUUGAGUUCCGCUUCAUGCAGACAGACCCCAAUUGGUCCAACUUCUUCUAUGAUAGUGAACAGAACAAGAUAUUUCUGUUGGACUUUGGAGCCUGCCGAGAUUACCCAGAGUCAUUCACAGAUGAUUACAUAGAGGUGGUUCAUGCAGCGUCAAUCGGAGACAGGGCAACUGUUCUGCAGAAAUCCAAAGACCUGAAGUUCCUUACGGGAUUUGAAGCCAAGGCAUUCGAGGAAGCACACGUGGAGGCAGUGAUGAUCCUCGGCGAAGCGUUUGCUUCUCCGGAAGCGUUUGACUUUGGCGCUCAGAGUACCACACAGCGCGUCCAGAGCCUCAUCCCCGUCAUGCUUCAACACCGUCUCACUCCUCCUCCAGAGGAGUCUUACUCUCUGCACCGCAAAAUGGCCGGCUCGUUCCUCAUCUGUUCCAAGCUAAAGGCCCGCAUGCCCUGCCGAAAUAUGUUCCUUGAUGUUUACAACGCCUACAAACGUCAACGACAGGAAAGAUGCACCUAGGUUUUGAGGGUUUUAUGUGACUAUUUAAUCACUCGAGAACUUAAAGAUGUUCCUCUGACAGCCAGAUGUUUAUUUAUAUGCAUACGAAGAAAGUUCAUUUGUUUCAGUGUGUUUUUCUUUUAUUUGCUUUUUGAUUGGGAAAAAAACAUUCAUUCUCUGUUAAUCAAACAACAAGCUGAAUGUGAAUGUUGAUGUUUGUACAAUUUGUUUAAAGGUCAUUAUGAUCAUUGCCAAACUUUUAAAGUUAUGACGUUAUAAGCAAUGAAUAUAACGAUUUUGCUCCAGUGGAGUGAAUUACAUGUCAGAAUUUUUCUGAAUGAUGUAAAUCUAACAAUAGAAUUAGACUGGACAUAUUGAAUUGUAACAUCAUGUUGCAGGUUAUUCCAUGUAAGAAAAGUCAAUGUGUGUAUUUCACUUCUCAUCAUUAAAAGUAUGUGACAUAA